AAAAAUGUCAGCACAUUCUUACCACAUUCCCGUAAAUAAAAUUUCCUCUCAAACACGAAAGACUGAGCCCGUAACUACAAUGGUCUCAACAACACCAACCAGCGUCGCGAUUAAACCAAUGCACCCAUUACCACCAACUACGAUAGCACACCUUGAAAGUAUCUUUGAAGCAGUUAAGAAACAGGUUUCCAUAUGGGGAGAAAACGCGAGAUGGAAAAUUGAUCUAGUUUUAUUACCUGAUGAAGAAACAGAAUCUCAAAAUCAGACUAUCGAAGAUAUGAUAAAUUCAACCAAUUCAACUGUAGGCCAUCAUUCGCCA